GGGAGAUGUGGAUAUAUAGUAGGGAGGUCAAGGUGCAUGAGUUAAACGGGAAAAUGAACAGCUGCCCAUCAUCCACAACCUUGCAAUUAACCUGAGCACCAGUCCGAAAGUGCGCAGAACGGCAGCCAGAAUUGGCCCCGUUGGUGAUUUGGCACCAUGGCAUCUACAGCCUCCUCUUCCUUAGAGGUCCAGUCCUCCGCGCAGGCUGCUGUCUUUGUGCCGUCGCAGCCCAUAAAUCCUGCUGAGUCGGUUCAGGUACGCGGGCCCGACUUCAACGCCCCCCAGACGCUCGAUUCUUUACUCGCUUCCUUCAGCAGCGUCGGCUUCCAAGCGACCGAGCUCGGGAAAGCCAUCGAGCUCGUACGAGAGAUGCAGAGCUGGCGAUUGGCCCAUGAGCCGGUGCAGCCAGAGACCGAACCGGACGAACAUCUGGACCCCGUCACCCGCAGCAAUUACAAAUGUCGCAUCUUUCUGGGCUACACGUCAAAUCUCAUCUCCUCCGGCUUGCGCGACGUGAUUCGCUACCUGGUCCAGCAUAAGCACGUCUCCGCCAUCGUCACCACCGCCGGAGGCGUUGAGGAGGAUAUUAUCAAGUGCCUAGGACCCACCUACCUCGGAAACUUUGCUGCACCCGGCGCAGACUUGCGCAAGCGAGGUUUGAACCGAAUAGGAAACCUGAUCGUGCCCAACGACAAUUACUGCAAGUUCGAAGACUGGCUCAUGCCCAUCCUUGACAAGAUGCGCGACGAGCAGGGUGACCACGUGGAUAAUGUCUGGACACCCAGCGCCAUAUGCCGGCGACUAGGGCAAGAGAUCGAUGACGAAUCGAGCGUGCUCUAUUGGGCAGCUAAGAAUGCUAUUCCAGUCUUUUGCCCUGCCUUGACCGACGGCUCACUAGGCGACAUGCUUUACUUUCACUCGUACAAGAAUCCAGGGCUCGUGGUCGAUCUGGUCAAGGACAUUCGAAAGCUGAAUGAUCUAAGCGUGAAGGCCAGAAAAGCCGGGAUCAUUAUUCUCGGUGGCGGCGUGUGCAAGCACCAAAUAGCCAAUGCCAUGCUCUUUAGAAAUGGCGCAGACUAUGCAGUCUUUAUCAACACCGGACAGGAAUUCGAUGGUUCUGACAGCGGUGCACGUCCUGAUGAAGCAGUGAGCUGGGGAAAGAUCAAGAGUGCUGAACGAGGAGGCAAGUGUAUCAAGGUCUCUUGCGAUGCUUCCAUAGCUUUCCCAUUAUUAGUAGCCGCUACAUUUGCAAACGCUCAAAGCAAUGCAAAAUGAAAGCCAGAAACAAAUGACUUAAGGGCAUUCGCAGAUGGGGUUUAGAGCUACAUGCAUCGUCUAGCGAUUUUCUUUGCGCAUUCAUUGCUGCUGGGGUUGCGGUGGAGGCGGAUACUGAUACAUCGCGUACGGCGCCGGCGCAUAUUGUCCAUAGAUGGGCACACUCGAUAGUCCGCCUGGCACGCCAAGUGGCGGCUGCUGGAACGGCGCACCCUGUUGCUGCUGCUGCGACUGCUGCUGCUGUGACGGUGGCGGCUGCUGGGCGUAGUGUGUAUAUCCCGUCGGUACUGUUGGCGGUGGCGCUGCAUGAUAAGCAGGGUGAGGAUACGCUCCCGCUGGAAGUGGCUGUGCUCCCGUUCCUCCCAGGGGGUCGUAUGGAUGCGCUCCGUGCGGCGGCAGCGGCGCUCCCGG